GCCGCCGCUUGUCACUUUUCCCUGACACCAGUCGAAGGUAGCAGCAUUGGUUGUAGGGAGAUUGCAAUACAAUUUUUUAAACAAGUUUUGUUGCAUGGAAAGCUGUAUUUUUUAAAUUAAUAAAUUAACAAGAGCGCGCCGCGCGAAUUGAGCAUUAUGGACGUAGACCUCAGCCUGGACGAGAUAAUUGAACGCAAGCGAGUACACAACCCCCCACGGGCCGUCGAUAAAAAACUUCAUGCCGUUCAAAUGAAGCCGCGUAAGCCGGCGAACAAACCGGGCCUGAACACGCGCUCCUAUGACGCCCGCAAUAAGAUCAUCCAAAAGACGCGCGCCAAAAUUGUUGAUGCACGCGACAUACUAAACCAAAAUAUUCGGGACUCUGGCAUCGAUGCCCGAAACGUGUUGCUCGAGCGCAAAAAGGAGCGUAUGCCGAUGCCCCUGCCAAUGCCAUUGCAGUCUGUACGCUCACCGCCCCGUGGUGUCAGCGGCGGUCUGCACAAGGGUCGAUUUGGUCAACGGAUUAUAACGAUGAGCAAUCGGCCGGGCGGCGUUAUACAAACGCUUUGGGAUCCCAAGGAGGAGCGAUCUGGCCAUGGCGGCUACAAGUCCACCAACUCAUCAGCGUCGUAUCAAUCCAGUCGGCUAAAUGCAACCGCUAAACCUUUUGUGCCACGCGGCUACGUGGACUACGACAACAUGCAGCAGCUAGAGGAUGAGGAAAUUGCACGAACGCUGCACCUGGGCAGCUACAACAGCCAGCCGCCAGCUGGUCAACGCGCACGCAUGGCACAUGGCUUCGACAAUUAUGACUUGGACAUGGACGGUGUGGAGAUAACAUCACCUGGCGGCAGCGCCAUGUCCAAUGAUCCCUUUGCCAUAUAUGAGGCGGCACGCAACCGUGUGGAGCGACCCGCUAUGCCCCCUCCACCACUGGGCGGUGGUCAUGUAGACAAUGUGGAUAAGCUGUUCGAGCGACGGCAGCGCAAUUUGGUGGCCACUUCCAACUUGCCGGAUUCGCUGCGUGCCCGUCUCUUUGGCAGCGAGCCCGAUCGCCGGGUAUCGCAUGGUAUAUAUGCGAAUGAGAAUGGCAGCUUGCAGUCCAAGGGGCAUAUGGAGGCGUCAAUGAUGUCCACGUUGUCCAUGCACCAGCGUCGCAGUCCACCAAACAUGUCGAUGCCAUUGCCACUGAGCGUGGUCAACAACAAGCCCGGCUACCGGCUGCUGGUGAGCAAUCUGCACGCGAACGUCACCACGGCGGACAUUCGUGAGCUAUUCAAUGACAUCGGGCCCAUGUACGAUGCGCAUGUGGUGCGCCCGGGCACCGCCGAGGUGAUCUACAAGUCUCUGGAGCACGCUGAAAUGGCUGUGGACGCGUAUCACCAGCGCGAGUUCGAUGGCCAGCCCAUGCACUGUGUGCUGGUCAAUCCGCACUCCUCCAAUCGCUCGGCGCACUCGGUCAGCUCGCGCACUGUGACCACGAACUCGUCGGGCGUGGAGGUAGACAUUGAUGCGCUGCACUCAGUGCUCUUCCGGGAUCGUUAGUCCCAACCCAGCCAAGAUGAACGCACUUUAGGCAAUUACAAUGCGAACUAUUAACCUAGACACAUGCAUUAAAUAUCAGCACAUUAAUCCCGCAUCAAUCAGUUCUGAUAGCCACUCUCUAGAUUUAAGCUGUACCUAUCUUAAUUUGUAUGCGUUGGCCACACAGUCACACACCCACCCACCCACUGUCACACUCAUUCACACACACACACAUAUAUACUCAAAUCGCUCAGUAGUCAAGUUUAAAGCAAGUAUUUUCAAUAUUUCUAAUAUAAUUUUCUGUUUUCAUAUUACACUUAGCGCUGUCUUUAGCUCCUCUUCUAGAUAAUGUUCCCGCCUUCCAUCUCCUUUUGUCUAUUCCCUUCUCACUCACUCCUACUCUCUGUGUAUACUCGAAAACAUCUAGGAACUAAUAAAACUAUAUACUUGUAGUAACUGGAAAAUAUACUACAGAUAAAAUAUGUUUUAGUCGAGGUUCUCAGCUGCCGUUCAAAUCUGAUUAGAUUAGA